GGCGCAGUGUGUCCCGGCGGCAGGACAAGAUGGAGUCGCGGUCGGUGCCGAGUGACCUGUACCCGCAGGUUUACACCUUCCUGCUGCACAACAAGUUCGACAAGGCGGCCAAGGCCUUCCUCAAGCAGGCCAACGUGAAACUUCCAGAUAUAAAGUCUCCUUCUCUUGUGGACAUUUUUGACUUCUGGGUGAAGUCUUCUGGAAAACCAGAGAAAAGGAAGGCAGUACCUAAUGGUCCUUCUGCAAAACGGCUUAAGAAAGAUGAAUCUUCCAGUAGCUCAGACAGUUCAGACAGUUCUGAAGAAGACACUGCAAAGAAACCAGUGAGCAAGCCGCCGACACCUGCAGUAAGCAAACCCGUUGCCAAAAACGUUGUAACGAAAAAGGAUAGCAGUAGUAGUGAAGAUUCAAGUUCUUCGGAUUCUGAAGAAGAAAAGAAACCAGCACAGCAGAAGGCCGUCACUGUUAAAAGCGCAGCUCCUGCAAGUAAAGCAGUUCCAGCCGGCAAGCCAGUUGUUAGAAAAAAAGAUGAAAGUUCCAGCAGCGAAGAUUCGGACAGUUCAGAAGAUGAGAAACCUGUUGCAAAAGCUCCUGUGAAACCAGUAACUACUACGAAAACUGUCACUAAAGCAGCGGAGGAGAGUAGUGAAGAUGAUUCCAGUGAUGACUCGAGUGAUUCAGACUCGGCUGCAGCAAAACCACAAACACCUGCACAGAAAGUAGUGCCACAGAAAACGCAGCCAGCCAAGUCUCCUGCUGCUGGAAAGGCAACAAAUGCAAAACCUGCGGCCCGGGCUAAAGCAGCAGCAGCCACUGCAAAGGAGAGUUCAAGCAGUGAAGAGUCUGACAGUUCAGAUGAUGAGUCUCCUGUGAAAACCAAAGCACAGCAAGCAGUUUCGUACAGUGCUGUACCACCUCCUAAUAUUCAGAAUGUAAAAGCAGCGAAGAAGGCAGCAGGUGCAGCCAAGAAGAUAGCCGCUACAGGUGCAACCAAGAAGGCUGCAGCGGCGGAUGCUGCAAAGAAGAAGGGUGCAGCCAAGAAGGCAGUAGCCACAGGGGCGUCCAAGAAGGCGCCGGCUGUGGAUGCGUCCAAGAAGGCGGCUGCUGCAGGCGUGACCAAGAAGAAACCAGCCGCUGGAGUGACCAAAAUGGAAAUCAGUGACUCUUCAGACGACAGCUCGGACAGCAGUGAUGAAGAGGCACCCCUAAAACCUGCCACGACAAUUACCCAGACGAAAGCUGGCCCCACGCCGGCCAAGGCAGCUGCCGCCACUCAGAAACCUGCGGCCAAGAAGGCCAGUUCCAGCUCGGACAGCGAUUCCGAUUCUGAAAGCUCUGAAGAGGAAACAAAACCAAAUCCUAAGUUGAAAGCUGCUGCAAAACCCGCACCCAAAACAGCUGUAGCCCAAGCAAAGCCACAGGAGAUCAGCUCUGACUCGGACAGCUCCAGUGAUUCUGACGAAAAGACCAAGGUUGCGGCAAAGAUCAAACCGGCUGCCAAAGCAACUGCUGCACCUGCAAAACCAGGGAAGCGAAGCACUCCAGCAGCUAAGGCCGCUGCCAAAGAAAGCAGCUCGGAUUCAGAAGACUCCAGCAGCGAGGAGGAAGCGGCAAAACCUCCAGCAAAAGUUCUGGUCCCUGCGAAAACCAAAGCUGCAGCGGUAACUCCGAAAACCAAUUCCUCAGCAGUGGUGGUAAAAGGCAAAACUUCAGCCGUGAAGAAAGACGAUAGCAGCAGUUCUGAAGAAUCUUCAAGCGACGAAGAGCCUCAGUUGAAGACCCCCGUGGCCCAAUUACAAAAGGCAAAGGCCGCGUCUUCACUGCCCGCAAAGCCUGCGGCCAAAAAAGCCGACAGCAGCAGCAGCAGCUCAGAUAGUUCAGAGUCAGAGGAAGAGAAGCCAAAAGGCAAGCUGACUGUUCCCAACGAUGUGAAAACGCCCACCUUAACACCCGCCAAGAAGGCAGCAGAAAGCAGCUCGGAAGAUGACUCUUCCACAUCUGAGGAGGAGGAAAAGAACACCAAGUCAGUAAAUGGCACGGUGAAUACCAAGACGAAGAAGGGACCUAAAAUGCAAGUUGAUAAAGGUGACGUGGUCAAGAAACAGUCGAAGACUCCAAACACAGUUCCAAAAACUAAAAAGAAAUCCAAAUCCAAGAUGGCAAGUGAUAAUCAGCUUCAACCUAAUACUCCUUUCCGUAGAGUAAGAGAAGACGAAGUUGAAAUUGAUCCACGUUUUUCAAAUAAUGCGUUUACUGCUAAGAGAGGGGCAUCGGGAGACUGGGGUGAGAAAGCUAAUCAUGAUUUAAAAUUCACCCGAGGGAAAUCCUUCCGGCACGAGAAGACAAAGAAGAAGCGAGGAAGUUACCGAGGUGGCUCCAUCGCCAUGACUGUCAACUCCAUCAAAUUCGACAGUGAAUGAACAAACCGUUUAACCCAAUUGACAGUCACGUUAUGGCACAUCAUUUUUACCGAUGAUUUAAGCUUGGAAUGUGUAUUUCUGACGCCUUUUUAAAAAAAAAAAUAUCUUGUUAAUUUUCUGGAAGUAUAACAUUCUUUACAGGCAAAAUUGUUGGUAUUUAAAAUUGUUUUUUGAAUGGAAUAUUUGUUCUAUGUAAAAUAUUAACGUGCUCUAAUAGCGAACUUCAAGAUAAAUGCUGGAGGUGUAUCUUUUUAAAAAAAGGUCUGGCAUUUUGGUGCAGUUUUGAGUAUCAGUGUUUCUGUGUGAGGUUACUUUAGGGCAGAAAAUUAUGGAUGCUUCAAAAACAGCACAUUAAUGAACCAUGUGUGAGUUAAUUUUUUAAUAAAACAACUUCACUUUUCA